AUGCUGCGGCGAGAAGUCUUGGGGCAACCCUCGGCCCUGCUGAGCUGUCUCUUGCUGCUGCUGCUGCUUGGACAGCAGAUAAAGGCCGAGAGUGCCCGCUACUCUCUCAACUUGACGGGCAUCGCGUCGGGCACAGCAUACACGCUCACUGUGGAUAUUGGCACGCUGGACGACUCUGGGUCAGAGAGUCGAAGUAACGCCUUCCGGUUGAUUGCAGACACCGGCUCGUCCAAUGAUGCAGUGCUCGGAUCCGGAUGUUGCGGACCUGAAGCUUUGGUGACCUACUCGUGUGAGGCAUCGUCGACCUGCGUGAAACCGGAGGAGAAUGCGGUCACUUUGGCGUUUGCAGGAGCCAAUAUUGAAGGCCAGUUCUUGACGGAUACGUGGUCGUCGAGUGAGGUCGGCAAUAUCUCGAAAACGUUCUUGGUCAUUGAAGAGCAAGACACGUUCUUUCGGUCCACGUACGACGGUAUCACUGGCUUGGCAUACGAGGCGUUAGCGGCAUCGACGGGUGACCUUGUGCCGUCGUUGUACAAUGUGCUAGUGGGCACAGGCAAUACCGCCGAUAGAUUUGGAAUGCUGCUAUGUGGCACAAUGCAGCCCAUGUUGCAGACUGGAGGGACGGAUUUUACGUAUCAUUCCGGUCAGUUGAUGAUCGGCGGCAUCGAAGGCACGAGCGGAGAGGUUUAUUAUACGGGGAGUAUGCUAUACACUCCUAUAACAAGGGAGGCAUGGUAUGUUGUUACAGUGACGGACGUAGGAUACAACGGUAAAAGUCUCGGAUUGCCAUGUGACAACUACAACACCCCACAGGCAAUCAUGGAUUCCGGCUCAAGCAAUUUGGCGUUUCCGCCGAAUGUGUACAAUGCUCUCAUGAACCAAAUCAAAGUGGCAACACUGGCGGCAAUCCCAGACUUUGACACGAGCUACUUUGAUGCCUCGACUUCGUGUUGUGACGAGACCUACUGCGACCCAACGUCAUCCAGUGCUGCGUUGUUGGAGCUGCCGUCGAUUUACUUCACUCUUGGCAUGGAGACGGUUGAUGGAUCGACCACAAAACACUUCACUAUCGAGAUUCCACCCGAGUAUUACUGGCGACCUGAAAUGAACGGCGUCAACGCGAGUGCACCUUGUCGUGCGAUUGGCAUUUCGGAAGGAACGUCAACUGUCCUCGGUGAUGUAUUCAUGGACGGUUUGUAUUCAUACCACGAUCGUGCAGAGGGAAAGAUUGGUUUGGCAGUCGCUGACAACUGCCCGAACAACGUCAACUCGACAAAAAAAGUGUACGCGUCUGCUGACUCCGUAGACUGGUGCUCAUGCUUCUCCAACACGCUGAAGAAGAAGAGUUCAUGGAGUACGUACAUUCCAUGGGGCACCGGGUGUUUCUUCUGGCAGUGGUGGAUGUACGUCGUAAUCGCCAGCUUCUUUGUGGUAAUUGCGUGUGUCUGCGUCUUGAUCUGGUGGCAACGCACCAACAAUUAUAUGAAGAGAAUCCAGGAAGAGGCAUACAUCGCUACCAGCGCAGGAGCGUGCACCAGUCGCUUUUCGACGGUGCAGUCGUUCGAAGGAGCAAGACCUGCACCAAGCUCGUCACUAAGCAGCUACUACGCGGCGCCCACGCCGCCCCCAAAGCGGAAAGCGUCUACUUAUUCUACUCAGCCUGGUCCAAGACAAGAACCAAUGCAGCCACCAAGGUCUCAAACCUCGAGAGCAAAGCAGCGAGAGAGAGCAGUACCGAUGAUGGAUGAGCCCAAGUAUUCCGGUGCGAGCUCACCCCGGUCGCCGUUAUCGUCCACUUCCAGUAUUGCCCUCUUAUCCGAAGGUUCGUUUUACAGCUCGAUGGGAAGCUCGCAGGCACAGUCACACCACCAACGUUCCCAUGGGUACGGGUACAAUUCGAGCCACACUUCCAGCACCAGCGAUCGAUGGGGAGCGUCAUUGCGAGAGAACCAUUCGUAA